CAGUCCGCUUUUGAGGCGUGGGAAGUGUCAGGCUUUAGAGGUCUCCUCAGGUGGCUGAGGAGGAGGAAGAGCAAGGAGAUGUGGGACGAGAGGAGCAGGGAGGAGCUGAGCCCAGCAGACCGCUCCCAGGGAAGUCCUGUGAGUGGGAUGUCCCUUACGGAGCGGAUGGCCAAACCCCUCCUGAGUGCAAAUCCUUCAUCAGCCCGACAUCUCACGCCUGUAGCCGUUAAAGUCCUGCACCCUGGGCUAGUCCAACAAGUCCAGAUGGAUCUGUUUCUCAUGAAGAUGGGUAGCCACAUCAUUGGACUUCUCCCUGGAUUCAAGUGGCUCAGCUUGACAGAGAUCGUGGAGGAGUUUGAGAAGCUUAUGAUUCAGCAGAUUGACUUACAAAGAGAAGCCAGAAAUCUGGAGCGUUUCCGACAAAAUUUCCUAGAUGUUGAUUUUGUGAAGUUCCCAACUCCCCUUCGACCUUUGGUAACGACGGAUGUUCUGGUUGAAACGUUUGAGGAGAGUGAGCCUAUUUCGCACUACCUGCACGCGGAGAUUGCCACAGAGCUGAGGCAGAGCCUUGCAAAGAUGGGCAUGGACAUGCUGCUAAAGAUGAUCUUUGUUGACAACUUUGUCCAUGCUGACCUGCACCCUGGGAACAUCCUGGUUCAAGGCACAGCCCACGUCAGCACCAGCUGCAAGGAGCAGACAGCCAUCGUGGACCUGUGUGACACGCUGGUGGUGGAAGUGCAGCCGCCCCUCAGGCAGCUCUGCCUGGUGCUGCUGGACGCGGGGAUCGUGGCGGAGCUGCAGAGCGCUGACAUGCAGAACUUCCGGGCAGUUUUCACAGCUGUGGUCCAGGGCCAGGGGGAGAGAGUGGCAGAACUGAUCCUUCAUCACGCCCGUGCUAACCAGUGCCAGGAUGUCGAACGAUUCAAAGCUGAGAUGGCAGAACUAGUGACCAAGGUCCGGGGGAACACCAUUGCACUAGGAAAGCUUCAGGUGGGAAAUCUCCUCUCGAAUGUCUUUAAACUGUUGAUGACCCAUAAGGUGAAGCUCGAGAGCAAUUUUGCUUCCAUCAUCUUUGCCAUCAUGGUCCUGGAAGGUCUUGGUCGUUCACUGGACCCUGAACUGGACAUCCUAGAGGCAGCUAAACCACUGCUCAUCAAAACUGCAGCUUCUGUCCUUGAAUAG